AUGUUUACGCUGAAGAGCGACGCAACUUUUAAUUGCCGGGAAAGGAACGACGACGAGCCCGCCCACGCGCCCCGUCUCUCUUUUGUCCGCGGCAGCGAGGGAGCGCAGGAGUGGGUGGUUUCCGUAGCCCUGGUGGCAGCCGCGACGCUGGCGGCGGCGGCUCCCGGCUUCAGCCACGGAGGCCUCGACGGCGGCCACUACGGCGGGGGCGGCGGCUACGCGCUGGGCGGCGGCGACGGCGGCGGCCACGACGCGGGCAGCUACGAGCCCAUCCAGGAGCACGUGAACGUGUUCCACCGCGCGCAGGCGCCGCGCGUCAAGGUGGUGAAGGUGCCCGUGCCCACCCACAUCCACGUGCCGCACCCCGUGCCCCAGCCCGUCGCCGUCCAGGUCCAAGUGCCCGUCUUCCAGAAGGAAAUCAUCAAGGUCCCCGUGGAAGUAGUCAAGACCAUCCAAGUGCCCGUCGAGAAGCCCUACCACGUGGUCACCGAGAAGAAGGUGCCCAUCGAGAUCGAGAAGCCCUACCCGGUGACCGUUGAGAAGCCCGUGGAGGUGCCCGUGCCCAAGCCCUACGCGGUGCACGUGCCCAUCUACAAGCACGUCUACCACCACAUCAAAUCCAGCCACGGCGGCCACGGCUGGCACUAGGCUGCCCCUUCGCGACUGCAUCCGCACACCCUCAUUAGAGAGCCGCUUGCGAGUUCAAGCUCUGGACGCCCUCUUUUGUAUCGAGAACGGACUGCUCUCAACUUUCUCGCAUCA